AUGGCCCGCAAUGAGGAAAAGGCGCAAUCUAUGCUAUACCGCUUUCGCGAAGCGCAGGCGGCAGAGUUAGGCUUAGGGACACGCAGUGACCGCAGGCCGAAGAUGGCCAGUGCGUGCAAAAGUUUACGCGACUGUGAACGGUGGAGAGGAGAGAUACUACGUGAGAUAAGUCGGAAAGUGUCGAAGAUACAAGAUGCUGGUCUCACAGAUUAUGAGGUCCGAGACUUGAACGAUGAGAUUAACAGGUUAAUGCGGGAGAAGCGACACUGGGAGAACCAGAUAGUCGCGUUGGGCGGUGCCAAUUACAGGCGAAAUGUCGCCAUGCUGGACGACGACGGCAAGGAAGUUCCAGGGACGAAGGGAUACAAAUACUUUGGUCGCGCAAAGGAGCUCCCAGGCGUGAAGGAGCUCUUUCAGAGUAAGAAGUCUGAGGAAGACGAGGAGAACCAGACGCAACAUUACUAUAAGAAGUUCACAAAUCAAGGACCAGCCUACUUCGGCGACGUAGACGAGUCGGAUGGUAAGUUGAUGGAGUACGAGUUACGUGCAGAAGAAUCAGAAUGGGAGGAUGCGUAUUCGCAUCUUCGAUCAGUUUUGGAGCUACCAAGUAAUGAACCAGUGCCCAAGAUUCCUCGACCAUCGCACGCGCAAACCAAAGUCUCUACCAGCGAAGCGUCAGACGCCCUUUCCCCGCCACCGGUCGAUACGAAACGCAAGGCACCAGACGGUGAUGUCGAAAUGUCUUCUGGUGGCGGUUCAGACGAACAGUUUAAGCGAGCAAGAAAAGAGACACGACAGCAGCAGCGGAAUGGGGACGUUCCUUCUACUGCGGAAAACACUGCGCUUUCAUAUGCCCGUGCAACUGCCACCUACAUACCGUUUUUGACACCAGAAAAUUUGCUUCCUCCAAAAAUGCCAACUCGGGAGGAGAUGGAGGCGCAUCUUCUAGCCUUGCGGAAGCAGGCAUUAGUAGAGGAGUAUUUCGGGAACGAGCAAACAUAG